AUGCCGAGCCAUGAAGGGUGUCGGCCUGUAUCCCAGCCAGCUGGAGUUGAACAACAGUCAGCUCUUCUAAAAUCGGAUUUAGUUCAUAGCUUGAAUCAUGAUGUAGCAGCUAUGAAGGAAAACACCAAUAGUCCUGAUAACUCAAGUGGAAAUGGCAAACAAGAUCGGAUUAAACAGAGAAGAGCUUCCUGUCCCCGACCAGAGAAGGGGACUAAAUUCCAGCUUAUUGUUCUUCAGGUGUCGACCUCUGGAGACAACAUGGUGGAGUGUCAGCUGGAGACACACAACAACAAGAUGGUCACCUUUAAGUUUGAUGUUGAUGGUGAUGCUCCAGAGGAUAUUGCAGACUAUAUGGUUGAAGAUAACUUUGUGCUGGAAAUUGAGAAAGAAAAAUUUGUAGAAGAAUUGAGGGCUAUUGUAGGUCAAGCCCAGGAGAUCCUUCAUGUCCAAUUUGCUGCAGAAAGAGCCAUUGGAGUUGACUCUAUUACUGUGGAAUCCAACAGUAACCAAGUAAGAGCAAUUAUUUAGUAAAUAGGUCUUCUUGGUUAUAUAUCAGGAGCUUCUUUAUUUAUAUAUUCAUUUUUAAUUCAGACAGGAUCAUCUGAACAAGUACAGAUAAU